UUUCAUGAUGGGACCUUGGUCUUCAAAGCAAGACAGUAAUGAAGAAAUCACAAAACAGAUCAACGAUCUCGAUUCUCUGAUAUCUUUAAUUGCAGAAAAACAGGUGUCAAUACAUAAAGAAAUAGAUACACAAAGUGAUGCAAUUAAGAAACUGGUUGAUGGAAAGGAGAAAGUUAAACACUUACUGAACACAUCACAUUCUUCUCGUGGGGACCACAUUGAUUACUUUCACAAAGCCAGUGUUCUUCAGCGUCAACUUGAUGAUUUAAACAGACAUUGUAAAGAAUUAGAGAGGGAAAAGAACCAUGUGGAUUCUGAGAGAAGACGGUUCCAAAGUAAGAAAGAACAAUUGGAAAAAGAUGUGGAGAGAUUGAAAGAAAAGGAUCAUGAAAGAAUGAAUCUUCAAAAACAAAAUGCGGAACUGGAGAGAGAAGUGCAGAGAUUGAGAUAUCACUUGGAGGAAGUUUCACAUAAAAAACCUGUUCAAAUUUACAUAUAUGCCCCAUCAAUGAAUGAGAAAAUUUCUUCUGCCGUGAGGUCAGAGCUACAGAUGAUCUUGAUGUCGCAUCUGGAGGCUACCAGGGGGAGACAACUAGAGAUUGUGUAUACCUCUGAUGCCAGGUCCGUGUCCUCAAACAAACCCCUGAUUGUCCUGUGUAUCAACGCCUCCAGACUCGGGACUGACGUGGAACAGGCUCUCCAGCAAGUCAACUGUUCCAAAUCAGUGACUGUAGCAGUGAUACAUCAUAAAGAGCUUCACGCCUUGCCCCCGCAAACCUCAGAAAAACUUCUCUACGGUGAUAAAUUCCGUGAUCUCUAUGCUAUUGUGGACAUUGCUUUCCUUACAAACAAAGGGAUGUAUACUUGUGAUAUGAACAACAAAGCCCUAGAGAGACUCACAGAAUUCAUCUGCCAGUUUGAUACCUGAAUUAUUUUAAAAAAACAUAUUACAUCAAAAUGAAAAAAAAGGCAAGAAAAAUGGAAAUUAAUUUAAUUGUUGCUACUGUUCAAAAUGAAUUAAUUAAUUUUGUCCACAAAGUGCCAUACACAAGCAUAGUUUCAGUCAAAAAUACAGCCUAGUUAAUGGUAUCUCAAACACAGAUGUAAUGUCACUGGGGACAUAUGACAGCGAGUUUAUGCACGGUGCUUACUUUCAUUUGA